CAACUUAGGGUUCUCGGCACUCCCUACGUCCAACAUCACUCAAUUAGCUAGUAUCCCAGGCAAGCGAUGCGAUGCUAGCCGUUUCUAGGAACCCGACCUGUUUCCCUUUAACAUUCUCUAAGCGUAGUAACCUGCUCGCCUCCCUCAAACGGAGUAGCAGAACCAUCAGCAGCACCGUCUGCACUACCCCUUCUCAAGCACGCCUACCGAACCCUGACACUCUCUGCUCGUCCACUAACAUAUUCAACGGCCUAACGACCAGCAGCACCCGGCGAUUCACGAACGAGCGAUCUGCGAACGCCCGAUUUGCGAACGCACGAUCUGCGAUCGCAGCAAUGGUGUGGGCGACGGACCCUCAGGGAGGCGAACCGCGUGACCCGGCCGAGCUCGCAGCCUUAUCCGCCAUCCAGAACCUGCAAGAAUCCGAGAAACCCGUCCCUAAGCUCGUCGUCUUCGACCUAGACUACACCCUGUGGCCGUUCUGGUGCGAAUGUCGGCGAAAGAGCGACAACCCGCGCUUGUAUCCAGAAGCGGGUCAGGUUCUAUCGGCUCUCGCGGCUGCGGGGAUCCCAUUCGCCUUCGCGUCGCGUACGCCGACUCCAGACAUAGCGCGGGUGUUUCUGGAUAAGCUAGGGUUUCAGAUGGAAGACGGCAGCAGCUUCAGCAGCGAGUCUGUCAAUUCGAGACGGAGCAGUGCAAGAGGCGGUAACAGUAACGCAGGUGGUAACAGCGGUAGCAGUUGCAGCAGCGGGGACGGGAAUGGGAGAAGCUUAAAGCGGGUUGUACGAGCGGCUGAGAUCUACCCCAGUUGGAGCCACAAGACGGAGCACUUCGAGGCGAUCCGGAAGCGAACUGAAAUCGCUUAUAGCGACAUGCUGUUCUUUGACGACGAGUCGCGGAAUACGCGGGAGAUCGGAUCCCUGGGCGUAACGAGUGUGCUUGUAGAGAAUGGUGUGACUGUAGACGAGUUGAAGGUUGGGCUGGCGCAGUUUGUGAAGAAGCAUGAGGAGCCUCCUACCGAAGCUGCUAGUAACAGGGAGACGCAUAAGUCCAAGCAUAGGCACUGAGCUUCAAGGUGCCUUCAAGCUGUCCUCAUCAUGUUUCAUAUGGUGGUGGUCUUUGUCAAACAUGUGUAUUUGUCAUGUUUGUAUAGACUGUAUAGGGUCGCCUCUUAGAGGGUACAACACUUAGCUAUAUCUGUGUGUACUCUCACUCUAUC